CUGACUGCAGGAGGGAAGGACUCAAGGACGAGUGGGUCAGUAGGCCGGGCUCUGUAUCGCUGCUGCUGCCGAGAUAGGCUGCCCUGGGGAACAGAGGGGCUUUGAGAAGGCGCCUGCAGGGUUCACAGUGGGGCUCUGGACCUCAGUCCCCCAAGGUCACAUCCCAGAGGAGAUAGGGCUGCCUUCUCACGCACACAUUCCAGCUCAGCCCAUAUAAGUUGGGGCUCACGGCCCCUCACAGCACCCACCAUGCAGGGCUUGCAUUUUUCCCUGUUGGCCCUGGUGCUGUUGGCGAUGGGGGCUCUGUUGGGGGCUGCAGUCCCAGAAGAAGCGGUGUCGGGGGCCCAGACCCUGUCCCAGGAGCCAGCCGUGGACACCGGGGGUCUCAUCUUCCGCCAAGACUGGGACUGGCCUCCUGGAGGCAACUGGCUGCCAGACCACUUGCGGGAUCCCCUGUGCCUAGUGACACUGGACCCGGGCAGCAAUGGCAGCAGCACCCCCCUCCUGCAGGUGGUGGGGGUGCCAAGCAGCUAUGAGCAGGCCUUCCUGGAGGCCGUGCAGCAAGCCCACUGGGACCCGCAUGACCUGGCCACCUUCGGGCUCUGUUCCCCCGGCCACAGGCAGGCAGCCCUGCCAUCUCUACAACGUCUGGGAACUUGGCUGGGGGCACCUGGGGGGCAACCGCUGGUGGUCCUGCACCUGGAAGAAGUGACAUGGAAGCCAACACCCUCCCUGAGGUUCCAGGAGCCCCCACCUGGAGGACCCAGCCCCCCAGAGCUGGCGCUGCUGGUGCUGUACCCUGGGACCGGUCCCGCGGUCACCAUCACCGUGGCUGGGCUGCCUGGCACCCAGAGCCUCUGCCCUUCCCGGGACACCCGCUACCUGGUGCUGGUCGUGGAUGGCCCCGCGGAAGCCUGGCGUGGCCCUGGGCUCACCCUGACCCUGCGGCUCCGCGGAGACGGUGUCCCCCUGAGCAUCGCCCAGCUGCAGGCGCUGUUGUUCGGCGCCGACCCCCGCACCUUCAGGCGGAUGACGCCGGUCCUGCUCCUGCUGCCCUGGUCCAGGCACACGCCGCUCCCGGCGCACGGUCGGCUGGACACCGUGCCCUUCCCGCCGCCCAGGCCGUCCCCGGAGCCUGAGGAGCCACCGCCGACUGCCGACCCCUUCCUGGAGACGCUCGCGCGCCUGGUGCGCGUGCUGCGCGGGGCCCCGGCCCGGGCCUCGCCGCCGCGCCUGGCCCUGGACCCGGGAGCGCUGGCCGGCUUCCCGCAGGGCCUGGUCAACCUGUCGGACCCCGCAGCGCUGGAACGCCUGCUCCACGGCGAGGAGCCGCUGCUGCUGCUGCUGCCGCCCGCCGCGGCCGCCGCCGGAGGCCCCGCGCCGCCCCCCGAGCCCGCGUCGGCGCCGUGGGCCGCGGGUCUGGCGCGCCGCGUGGCCGCCGAGCUGCAUGCCUUGGCCGCCGAGCUGCGCGCGCUCUCGGGGCUGCCGGCGGCCGCCGCACCGCUGCUGGCGCGGCUGCUCGCGCUGUGCCCGGGGAGCCCGGGGCCGGGCGGCCCGCUGCGCGCGCUGCUGCUCCUGAAGGCGCUGCAGGGCCUGCGGGCCGAGUGGCGCGGGCGGGAGGGCGGCGGGCCCCUGCGGGCAAGGCGCGGCGCGGCGGCCGGGGACGGGCCCUGCGCGCUGCGGGAGCUGCGGGUGGACCUGCGCGCCGAGCGCUCGGUGCUCAUCCCCGAGACGUACCAGGCCAACAACUGCCAGGGCACGUGCGGGUGGCCGCAGUCCGACCGCAACCCGCGCUACGGCAACCACGUGGUGCUGCUGCUCAAGAUGCAGGCGCGCGGCGCCGCGCUGGCGCGCCCGCCCUGCUGCGUGCCCACGGCCUACGCGGGGAAGCUGCUCGUCAGCCUGGCGGGGGAGCGCAUCAGCGCGCACCACGUGCCCAACAUGGUGGCCACCGAGUGCGGCUGCCGCUGACGCCCCCGCCGCGGACCCCGACCCGGCGGCCAGGGGGCCCCGCCCCUAUUUAUUCCGAGCCGAUCGAUCAAUAAAGCCCAGCAAGCUCCGCUGCGGUG